AUGGGCAACUACUCACCCUAUUUCACAUUGAGGCAAGAUGCAACUGGAAGGAAUGGUCUAUCGCCACUCCAAAAGUGCACCGCAUCUAUUCGACAAUUGGCAUAUGCGGUUCCCGGUGAUUCACUUGAUGAGUACAUACGGAUGGAUACUCAACGCUUGCUACAAAUGCAUGAAGAAAGACAUGGCUUCCCGAGCAUGUUGGGAAGCCUCGAUUGCAUGCAUUGGGAGUGGAAGAAUUGUCCUGUCACUUACAAAGGGUACUAUACACGAGGCGAUCACGGAGUUCCUACAAUAGUUCUUGAAGCGGUGGCAUCGGCAGAUUUGUGGAUAUGGCAUGCUUUCUUUGGCGUCGCCGGAGCAAGAAAUGAUAUCAAUGUUCUUCAUGGAUCUCCAUUAUUUAAUCAAUUCCUUCAGGGAAAUGCCCUACAAGUUCAGUUCAUGGUGAAUGGUCAGAUGUAUAACAAAGGAUACUAUCUAAUAGAUGGAAUUUAUCCAACUUGGGCUUCAUUCGUCAAGAGUUACCCAGCACCAGCAGAUCCGAUCAGACGAAAAUUUGCCCAGAGACAAGAGGCUGCAAGAAAAGACGUCGAACGAGCGUUUGGAGUGCUACAAGCUCGUUGGGCAGUAUUUCGUAAUCCAGCGCGGUCUUAUUUUAAGGAAGACCUUCGCAAUAUAAUGCUCACAUGUAUUAUUUUGCACAACAUGAUCAUUAAGGAUGAGGGUGAAGAAGCGGUCAACUGGUUUGACGAAGAUGCAACUCCUCAGCAACCAAUACCAAUGGAUUUAGUGUCAUCUGGUUGUUCUUCCUUCUGUUCUUCUGGUGAUCCUUUUGCUUUACCAGCUUCAGUCGCUGAAGAAGCUUGUGAGAAGAUUCGAGAUGAGUUUGAGCACAUGAGACUCAGAAGAGGGAAGCUCCAGUGGGUGAGGGAGAAGGGGAAAAUGAGGGUUUGUGGAGGUGAAGGUAGGGGAUAUGGGUAA